AGGGUGCAACAAAGAACAGCAUCAUCAAAGCUGGUCUUUUCGCAACCUGACUACAAGAGGACAGAGGAAGGAGACCAUUUGGCGGGAUAGGCUGAUUUAUGACAGGGUCUGGUCUUCAAACGUGGGAAAGGACAAAAGGAAAGGGAGGUGUGGAUGGAGAAGGAGGAGGGGGGAGGCAACAACCCCAUAUACUGAGGGGAAAAGCGGAAGAGGGUCAGUAAAAGCUUUUGCAGUCAUCUUGGCAAGGCGGAUUCAAUAAAGUUUUCCAUUGCGACCAGCGGUGUGAGCCUAUUUCUUGGGUCCUACACCUUCCAGGAACGGACAUUAAGCUUUUACUGACUUUUUUUUCGGCUCAUCCCAUGAGGAAAGGUCUCUCCGGUGAGAGCAUGAACCCUGAUGGAGGAGAAACCAUGAAGGAAUUCCUCUUCCUGGAAGAAGAACAGGCGACCCCUCGAGGUGCCAAGGAGUUGAGAGAGGAAAGGAACCCAUCGCCCGCGUUGAGCGAAGGGGGGACAGACCCCUCGGGCCCGUCGUGGAAGCCGCUGACCUCCACCCAGUUACCCGCAGGCAGGGGAGUGACGAUGGAUCUGAUGCAGCGGCAGGUAAACGAGUCCUGGAGGGCGACAGUCGAGCAACGGGAGCAGAGGAGAGGGCUGCCCGGGAGAGGCACUGAACCCCGUCCCUUUGCCGGGGAGGGUCCACAGGACUAUGAGGACGAGAUGCCUCGGCAGGGGGCAUCAGUUUUCCCCACGGGCCUGUCAGGAAGGAGCCAAAUGCCUGGGAAGGGAGAAUUUCGGGUGAAGUUCAAUGGGGACCCCAAACAGCUGUCUUAUUUCAUUACAAACGUAAGACACUUCAUGGAGGAUUUUGGGGACCAAUUCCCUUCAGAAAGCGCAAAAAUCCACACGGUGGGGGCAAACCUGAAAGAAGCAGCUGCAGACUGGCUAAUGCAGAUGUAUGAUACUGGUGCCCGGGAGCUAGCCUGCCUGGAGGAUUUCCUAAGAGCCCUCCGUGAGAGAUUCGAAGACCCUUUGGCAGAGGAGAGGGCGAAGGCCCAACUCAAAAGGAUAUACCAGGGAGGAAGGACAGUGUCAGAAUACGUCCUGGAAUUUAAAGCCACAGCGGGGAAGAUUAGGGACUGGUCCGACACCACCAAACUGGAAUAUUUCAGGGCUGGUUUACGCUCUGAGGUGCUCGAGUGGGCUUCACACAGAGGAAAUCCAAGAGACUUGGAGGACUGGAUUUUGCUAGCGGGGCGCGUGGAGGUGGACCAACAGCAAAUCUCUCGUCGUCCAAGGGAGAGCAACAGAAUCAAACCCCCGACAGCAGCAACACGGCGCUUCUCCCCUCGUCGCGGAAGGUCGACCAGCAGGGAGAGGAGAGCAGGGAGGGGGGCCUGCUUCGCUUUCGGCCGCGAGGGACAUCGAGCGGCAGAGUGUCCGAAAGGGACAGGCGUGGAGACAAAAGGAGAGAGGCUUCACAGCCAGAAGCUGCCCCACCAGAACUCCAAACUAGCAAAAGGGAAAGCUGCCCAACAGCAACGGUUUCAACACAAUCUGGACUAUAAUUGACCUGUUCUCCAAACAAGCUCACUUCGUGGCCCUUAAGAGACUUUCAACGGCACCCGAGUUGGCCAAAUUGUUUCUGCAACACGUGUUCCGCCUGCACGGGUGUCCCAAGCGGAUCAUAAGUGACAGGGGCUCUCAGUUCACAUCGAGGUUUUGGAAGUCUUUCCUGGGGAUUUUAGGAACUGAAAGGGCCCUGAGCACAGCCUUCCAUCCAGAAACAGACGGAGCCACCGAACGGGUUCAGAAGACCCUUCAGCAGUUCCUCCGUUGCUACAGCACGUACCAGCAAGAUCAAUGGUCCUCGAUGCUACCACUUGCCGAAUAUUGCAUUAACAAUUCGGAUCACGCGUCCACUGGGGUCUCUCCGUUUAAAGUUGUGAACGGCAGAGAUUUUCCGCCAUUCCCCGCACUGCAAAAGGAGUUGCCUUCUGACGAGAAGCCAGGGAAUUGGGGCGAGAAGAUCGCUGCCGCUUGGCCUUUGGUUCAGGAGGCCUUGCGCACCGCCAAAGUGGAUUACAAGAAAUAUGCAGAUAGAAAGAGAACAGCACCACCGGACUACAAAGUGGGGGAGUUAGUGUACUUGUCGACAAAGCACCUGAAAUCCACACAACCAUCCUGGAAGCUGAGCCCACGAUAUGUUGGUCCCUUUCCCAUUUCGGCCGUUGUGAACCCAGUGACAGUACGGUUACAAUUGCCUCAUAGAUGGCGCAAGGUGCACCCAGUGUUUCACGUUAGCCUGCUGAAACCAGCGCCAAACACUCACAGAUGGAGUAAACCGGGGGCAGAUCCGGUCCCCAUUAUGGUGGGGGCACACACCCAUUUUGAAAUCAAGGAUAUCCUAGACUCCAAGAAGUCUCGGGGGAAACUGUACUACUUGGUCCAAUGGUCUUCACAGACCUUACACCCGGAAUGGGUAGCAGCAGAGCAUGUUAAAGCCCCAAAGUUGAGAAAACAGUUUCACACAAAGUUUCCCCAUAAACCUGGACCAUGAUCCCGAAAAGGGGGGGGGGGUUGGACUCUCUCUCUCCUUCUUCUUUCCUUCUCCUGGCUUAUUCUGCUGCUGUUGUUCUUAGAUUGUCGGAACUUUGUCUCUCCCCGCAGGGUCGUCGUCCGAAGGGGGGAGUCAUGUCAGGGUGCAACAAAGAACAGCAUCAUCAAAGCUGGUCUUUUCGCAACCUGACUACAAGAGGACAGAGGAAGGAGACCAUUUGGCGGGAUAGGCUGAUUUAUGACAGGGUCUGGUCUUCAAACGUGGGAAAGGACAAAAGGAAAGGAGGUGUGGAUGGAGAAGGAGGAGGGGGGAGGCAACAACCCCAUAUACUGAGGGGAAAAGCGGAAGAGGGUCAGUAAAAGCUUUUGCAGUCAUCUUGGCAAGGCGGAUUCAAUAAAGUUUUCCAUUGCGA